AGCGAGAAUAGGCCAAACCUGACAACAUUUCUGUUCAGACUUUGCCUUUCCUUUUCUUCCUGUCUUUGACACUUUGACAUUUCCAAUCUUCUUGACUGAAUAUUCUCUUUUAGUGGCCCUUCCUUCAUUUCACCAAUUUCUCUUCUUCUAUAUAGAUUAUAGACCAUACUUGUUCAUGCAUAUAUAAUACUACUAACCCUUUAGUUAGUGGCAAAUGACAAUGCCUCUUACUCUAAGGAAUAAGCUCAAGACUCUUUGUACUUGGGGUGAUGGAUGGUCUUAUGCUAUUUUCUGGCGCUUUCAUCCAAGGAAUUCCUUGUUGUUGACUGUGGAAGAAACAUACUGUGAAGAGCAUUUGGGAAAAGAGAUUGCCAACAUGCUUCCACAGGUCCACUUGCUGGGUGAAGGUUGCCAUGUCCUGAGCAGAAUUGUUGGUGAAGCUGCUUUCACGGGGAAGCACAGUUGGGUGCACUCAGAUGGUCAAACUCAUGAUUGGGAUUUGACUGGGCAGAAUGUGUGUGAGGAUGAUUCUGGAUUGCAUCAACAAUUCUCCUCUGGAAUAAAGACUAUUGUGGUCAUACCUGUCAAAGCAAGCGGCGUGGUACAGUUUGGAUCCAGAAAGAAGAUUUUGGAGAGUGUGGAAUUUUUGGAGCAAACACAAAGCGUGCUCACGGAGAUAGUUGAUGAUAUGGGUAUGCUUGACAUGCCAGGAAAUGCUGUUUUACCAUUGGAUUAUGAAAAUAAUGAUUUAAAUGGGUUGUUGGCUUCCAUUUAUUCCAUUAGUUCCAACAAUCCCUUCCCUUCCCAAUAUAAGACUUAUGAAGAAGCGAUGCCUUCGUUGCAAAGAGAUUCUUCUUAUCUUGGUGACCAAUUGAAAGCUACCGUGGAAGCUCAAGUUAUAUUAUCAGAUAUGCUUUUGAAGCCCAACUCUUCUAUGAACAACUUAAUUCCUCAAAACCCCAGUUUUGGUGCAUGUGGCGAUGAAUUAUCUGCUUUUGAAUUGUUGGAGCAACAAUUGGUAUCCGAUGCAACGGCACAAGAAGUUGCAGAUGUUUGUUUUACGAACGAAAAUGCAUUUACUAAGGAUUCAGUGUUGACCUCAUUGUGCAGUAUGGACAGAGGGUCAUUUCAAGGCAUAUUACAAAAUUCACUGGAUAACCAAUAUUCAACCCAGUCUAGUGUUGUGACAGAUGUUGGUUUUCCCUUAAGUUCAAAUUCAUUGCAUGGACACUCUAAGAAUUUCGAACCUGUUGAUAUGUCGGAAGAAAUUUUGAAGUUCAGCUCUAUGGAUGAUCUUUGUCAGUGGUUUGUUUCUACUCCAGAGGAUAGUAUCAGCAAAGCAGCAAUUGCGUUGGAUAACAACUUUUCUGAAUCAACAGAAUUUAAUCCCACUUCCUUGGAUCUUGUUGGAAAUAGUUCUAUAAAUGAUAUUUCAGUGACCUACCAAUCUGUACAUAAUUCAAACACCGAUGGGAAAGAAACAUCUGUGGUUAUGCAUAGCAACGAAAAAGAUCUCUUGGAUAGCAUGGAACUUGAUUUUAGCUAUGAUCAAGCUCAUGAAUGGUGGGGGAAUAUGCUUACACCAGUAAUGAGUGGUGUUACUGAUACUGGCUUCUCUGAAUGCAUAUCAGAGUUGAAUACUGAUACACUAUCCGGCACCCGGAAGAGAUUAUUCACUGAGUUAGGAAUUGAAGAGCUACUGAGGAGUGCAGCAAAUUACAAUCCUUUUAAUACUUCUGACAUUGAGCAUGAUUUAUCAAGCAAUAAGAGGCAGACAAUAGAAUCUUCACCAGUGAAUAGAAAUCCAAUACAUUUCACCAACCUUUAUAGAAUGCCUGGGGCUAAAGCAGACUUGUUGCAUCCACUUUGUGACUUAGACAGCACAAACAAUCUUCAAAGCAAGAAAGAUACAUUCCCAAAAUUACAAGCAGGCAUGCGGAUUGAUGAUAGCCAUAGCAUUAAUAUUGGAAAGGCUGUUUCAUUACACCCUAAAAAGCCAGAGGAACCCACAAAGCUUACUAAGAAGAGGGCAAGGCCCGGGGAGAGUACUCGACCACGGCCAAAAGAUCGUCAGCAAAUCCAAGAUUGUAUUAAAGAGUUGAGAGGAAUCAUCCCCAAUGGUGGAAAGUGUAGCAUUGAUUCUUUAUUAGACCGCACCAUCAGAUACAUGCUUUUCUUACAAAGUGUGCUCAAGUAUGGAGACAAGCUACAUGAACCAAAUGAGCCAAAGCUUGUUGAACAGGAAAAUGAAGUGGUUCUAAAAGACAGUGGUGUGGCGGAUAGCAAAAACGGUGGCAUUACAUGGGCAUUUGAAGUGGCACACCAAACCAUGUUAUGCCCAAUUAUAGUUGAGGACAUGAGUCUACCUGGACAAAUGCUUAUCGAGAUGCUUUGUGAGGAAAAGGGUUUCUUCCUUGAGAUAAUUGACUUAAUUAGGGGUUUGGGGCUGAAUAUCUUGAAAGCCAAGAUGGAAAGAAGGAAGAACAAAUUAUGGGCACGCUUUAUUGUUGAGGCAACCAGACACGUGACAAGGAUAGAUGUGUUUUGGUCCCUUAUCCAUCUUCUACAGCAAACAAACAACUCUGGCGUUGAUUCUUCUAAUAAACAUAGCGAUGUCAUUGAUGCCAAAAUUUAGGGAAGAAGAGGAUAAUCAACCCAUUUCCGCAGGUCCUAGAAACAGGAUCCAUGCGUGUACAUAGAUGAUAGAUUAGGAUACACUUAGCAAAAAUUGUAGGUGAUCACAUGGAAGAGGCUGUGCAAGUGAUGAAUUGAAAUGUGAGGUGCAAAAUUAUGUAUAAUGAAAAUUGCUGAGCAUGCAAGACAUGUAAGGAGUGAACAUAAUUCAAUUGCUCUAAGCAUUAAUUCCUCCUGUGUUCUCGUUGUCUCAUUUUAUAAUUAUAGUAUAUGAAAAACUAGAAGAUUCUCUCGAUGAAAUUGCUUACAUGACUGGUUCCUUGUUAUUUUGUUGACUCUGACACAGUGGCAGUUUCUUCUCGAGUUAACUAGGGAAGUUCAAGGUUUAUCCAAUCAACUUUGUUUUUCUAUAUGGACC